AUGGCACUCACGAAGUAUGACUGGAUCCUGGCCAUCAUCUCUAUCGCUUUCUGCUGCAGUGCAUUCGGUAACGGCGCCAACGAUGUGGCAAACUCGUACGCCUCGUCCGUCGCUGCACGAACGCUCUCCAUGAAGCAAGUUGGCUUCCUGUCCGCCAUUACCGAGUUUGUUGGCGCAGUCGCGCUUGGUUCACGAGUCACGUCAACCAUCAAGAAUGGUAUCAUUAAAAUCUCGCGCUUUGAGGGCAAUCCAGGAGCAUUGAUCCUGGCCAUGAGCUGUGCUGAAGUAGGGAGUGCAAGCUGGCUCCUUAUCGCAACAAAAGUAGGGUUUCCGGUCUCAACGACGCAAACAAUAGUUGGUGCUCUCAUUGGGGUCGGUUUCGCUUCGGAGACUCCCAUCAAAUGGGCUUGGGAUGAUGGGAGUGUCUCUCAGAUCGCUGCUUCAUGGGCUGUCGCACCUGGGAUUGCAGGUUGCUUUGCCGCUCUAUUGUUCGGAACGGUCAAAUACUCGGUGCUCGAGCGUAAGGACUCGCUGAAGUGGGCCAUGAGGCUCAUUCCCGCUUAUCUUGCAUUCACCGCUAGUAUGCUUGCCCUGUUCAUUGUCGUCGAGGCGCCGACCGCCCCUUCACUUGAAGAGUUUGGUGCUGGCAAAGCCACCGGUAUCAUUCUCGGAGUCUUCUUUGGUUCUCUGGCAAUUGCAUAUGGUUUUUUCUUACCUUAUUUCCAUCGACGUCUGAUUAAGGAAGAUUCGCGAUUGAAAUGGUGGCACAUACCCUUAGGUCCGAGUCUUUGGAGCGAUGAUCCUUAUAUCUACCUUCCCUCCAAAGACACUGAAAUUGUCACCGAUCACUACAAGGGCGCAACUGAAAUCAACGACGCCUCCAGCCUUGAUAGUCCGGCGAUCGAAGCAAAGGACAGUGACAACAAGUCAGCAGAUACCAGCGCACUCGAGCAAGGCGAGAACGGAAGAACAAAAGGCUUGAGACAAAGACGCAAGCAACCCGAUAGAGAACCCGAAGAAAAGUAUUUAGAUCCUGUAGCUCACCUCCAGCUACUCCAUCCAUCGCGCAUGUGGGGCACCAUGAAGUAUAUCCUCCUCCAAGGCGUCACGCGUGACUGCAUCACCUUCGGCUCCGCCAACCUCAAAGCCAAGCACGCACUUACUAUUCGCUACGACAACCGAGUCGAGCACCUCUGGACUUACGCGCAGGUCGCCUCCGCAAUGCUCAUGUCCAUUGCACACGGCAGCAAUGAUGUGUCGAACGCGGUCGGACCUUGGUCGGCCGCUUACUCCACGUACAAGGCUAAUGCUGUCGAUUCCGAGUCCGCCGCGCCGCGCUGGAUCCUCGCCAUUGCUGGUUUCCUUCUAGGCGCUGGGUUUUGGUUUUUUGGGUAUCAUAUUAUUCGCUCGAUUGGAAAUCGGAUCACGCAAUUGAGCCCGACUAGAGGGGUGGAUCAUCACAAUGCCUGUUGCGGGACUGAUUUCUGGACUGUUCAUGUUGAUCGCACUGAACACGCCUCACUUCUGAAGACCGAGAGGUGA